UAGAUUAGAUAAUUAUCUCAGUUGUAAUUAAACAACAAUGUCUGCAGUUCAGAGUCUGAGAGAGUUUGUCAACGAGCGACUAACUGCUGCUGCUGAAGAGAUAUUCAGAGUUUAUGAAACAACUAUCGUCGAGUACGAGGAAGAGAUUGAUCGUCAGCGCAGACUGCUGGAUGUCGUUUGGAAACCUGAAAUACAGUUAAACAGACUAGAGCUCCUACAGCAACAUGUCUGUAAGGAGGAGGAGGAGGAGGAGGUUCUCGCUGGCCGGCAGCUCUGUAUUCAGGAGAGGAACUCCAGUCUGGACCAAGAGGACCCAGAGCCUCCACAGAUUAAAGAGGAACAGGAGGAACUCUGCACCAGUGAGGAGGGAGAGCAGCUUGUACUGAAGCAGGAGACUGAUGCCUUUAUGUUGACUCCUACUUAUGAGGAAAGUGACCACAGUGAAGAUCAGAUUCUGGACUUUAGUAUCGAUGAAACUCAGAGUGCGGUGGAGGAAAAGCCUUUCAGCUACAAUUCAGUUAAAAGCUCUGUAGUAUCAGAACCAAACAGUGACCAGCAGCUCCUCUCUCACAACUCUCAUGAAGCUGAGACCCAAGAUCAGAAAGGAGGCAAGCCUGGAGGCUCAGGAUCAACUAGAUAUGCAGAGUCAAAACAACAGAACCAACAUCACAACAGCAACAAUCACACUAACAAUGUAUAUAGUCCUACUAUGUCAAUGAUUCACUGUAAUACUCACACAGGUGAGAAGACUUUCAAUUGUGACACGUAUGAGAAAGCUUUUAAGAAUAAAUCACAUUUGCAGGCACAUCUGAUAAUACACACAGGUGAGAGGCCAUAUUCUUGCGAAACAUGUGGGGAGACUUUCAGUAGUAGCGGUUACUUGAAAGUCCAUAUGAGAACUCACACGGGUGAGAAGCCAUAUACAUGCAAAACAUGUGGGAAAAGAUUCAGAGACAGUUCAGCAUUGACGAGGCAUAUGAGAAUCCACACAGGUGAGAAGCCGUAUAUUUGUAAAACAUGUGAGAGAGCUUUCAGAUGUAGCAGUCACUUGAAAGACCACAUGAAAAUCCACACAGGUGCAAAGCCGUAUACCUGCCAAACAUGUGGGAAAAGAUUCAGUGAUAAUUCAUCAUUGACAAGGCAUAUGAGAAUCCACACAGGUGAGAAGCCGUAUACUUGCAAAACAUGUGAGAGAGCUUUCAGGUUCAGCAGUAACUUGAAAGACCACAUGAAAACGCAUACAGGUGAAAAGCUGAAUCAUUGCAGCACAGAGGAUCCAGUUUUAGUCACACCCGAUACAGGUUUUUUUUAUCUAUAGGAGCAGUAGAAACUUCAGGUAAUACUUUCAAUGAUGUCCAUGUCUGUAAUGCAUUAUAAACUAAAGCACAAGUAAGAGGGACACCUCGAGGCUGGACAAGCUGAUCA